AUGGAUAGCAAAGACGUGGUAACGCACGUUAAGAAUCUGGAAAAGAAUAAGAGCAAUGAUGAAGUUGUUACAGAAAUUCUGAAUAUCCUUGAUAAGGAGAUGAAGCCGACCGAGAAGCUUCUUCGGGAGACUAAAGUUGGUGUUGUUGUCAAUCAGUUCAAAAAGUCGACUAAUCCUGCCAUCGUUAAGUUAGUCAAGAAGAUGAUCGGUGAGUGGAGGGAUGCGAUUUCAAGAGAAAAGAAGCAGCGUAUAGCGUCGAAGGGUGCGCCUGCAGCCACUACCUCCAACGAACCUAAGAAGCACGAUAAAUUUGUGUCAAGUAAGCCAAGAAGUGCAAAGAAUGAUGGUGUUGUUACCACGAUCUAUGGGCAUAAGUUACGUGACAUGGUUAUCAAAGCAUUUUAUGAUGCCUUAGCCAAGGAAAGUGAACAUCCACCACAAUCCAUUCUGACUACGUCUAUUGCAAUUGAAAAGGAGCUGAACAACUUAAAUGACUCUGAAACAAAUGAAAAGGCUUACAAGGACAAAUAUCGUGUCAUAUACUCCAACGUUAUUUCCAAAAACAAUUCUGAUUUGAAACAUAAAAUUAAUAAUGGUGAUGUAACGCCGCAAUACUUAGUCACCUGCGAUCCUAAGGAACUUGCACCUGAGCAUUUGAAAAAGAAGCUAGAGGAGAUUUCGAAACAGAAUCUUUUCAACGCGCAAGGUGCGACGCUUGAAAGAUCCGUUACUGAUAGAUUCACUUGUGGCAAGUGUAAAGAAAAAAAGGUGUCUUAUUAUCAAUUACAAACAAGAUCUGCGGAUGAGCCUCUCACAACAUUUUGUACCUGUGAAGUUUGCGGUAACAGAUGGAAGUUUUCUUAA